UGUGUUUGGUAUAUAAAUCUUCCACAACUCUUAGCCUCUUUCUCUUUAACUCCACGGCGCAGAUCCGAGGAGUUUGGAAGAAACCCUAAUAAAAGCUCUCAUUUUUGCUCUAAAAACGCACCUAAGACUCUCUAAGUUCUCUCUUUAUUGAUCAUCAAUAUUAGCAGGUAUGGCAGGUGUGGCACCAGAAGGAACUCAAUUUGAUGCUCGUCAGUAUGAUGCCAAGAUGUCUGAGUUGCUCCAGUCUGAUGGACAAGACUUCUUCACUUCGUAUGAUGAGUCAUAUGACAGUUUUGAUGCAAUGGGAUUGCAGGAAAACCUUUUGAGGGGUAUCUAUGCUUAUGGUUUUGAGAAGCCUUCUGCAAUUCAGCAAAGGGGAAUUGUUCCAUUCUGCAAAGGGCUCGAUGUGAUUCAGCAGGCUCAGUCCGGAACUGGAAAGACAGCUACUUUCUGCUCUGGCAUUUUGCAGCAACUUGAUUAUGGUCUUGUCCAAUGUCAGGCUUUGGUUUUGGCACCCACUAGGGAACUUGCUCAACAGAUUGAGAAGGUCAUGCGAGCCUUGGGUGAUUAUCUCGGUGUUAAGGUUCAUGCUUGUGUUGGAGGGACUAGUGUCCGUGAGGAUCAACGCAUUCUUCAAGCUGGUGUCCAUGUUGUUGUUGGUACUCCUGGUCGUGUCUUUGAUAUGCUGCGUAGGCAAUCUCUUCGCCCAGAUUAUAUUAAGAUGUUUGUACUUGAUGAGGCUGAUGAGAUGCUUUCCCGGGGUUUUAAGGAUCAGAUCUACGAUAUCUUCCAGCUGCUUCCCUCAAAAGUUCAGGUUGGGGUUUUCUCUGCCACAAUGCCUCCAGAAGCUCUCGAAAUUACAAGGAAGUUCAUGAACAAGCCUGUGAGAAUUUUGGUUAAACGUGAUGAGCUCACCCUUGAGGGUAUCAAGCAGUUUCAUGUGAAUGUUGAGAAGGAAGAAUGGAAACUAGAAACCCUCUGUGAUCUGUAUGAGACUUUGGCCAUCACCCAGAGUGUCAUCUUUGUCAAUACCCGGCGUAAGGUUGACUGGCUCACUGACAAGAUGAGAAGCCGUGACCACACAGUUUCUGCUACCCAUGGAGACAUGGACCAGAACACUCGUGAUAUCAUUAUGCGGGAAUUCCGCUCUGGCUCUUCUCGUGUUCUCAUCACCACUGAUCUCUUGGCUCGUGGUAUUGAUGUGCAGCAAGUCUCCCUUGUCAUAAACUAUGAUCUGCCGACUCAACCAGAAAACUAUCUUCAUCGUAUUGGACGAAGUGGUCGUUUUGGACGAAAAGGUGUUGCCAUUAACUUUGUGACAAAGGAUGACGACAGAAUGCUUUUUGAUAUUCAGAAAUUCUAUAACGUGGUGAUUGAGGAGCUGCCAUCAAAUGUUGCUGAUCUCCUUUGAUGAGGUUCUUUUUUGUAAGUUUGUUGAGGCUGAGGAGGUUCUCUGAUUUUGCAAGUACUAUUUUAACUCCUUGUUUUUCUUUUUUGUUUCCUUUUUCCGUCUGUUGUCUCAAGUCAAUGUUAUUCUCAAACAUACCUGACCAAUUAAUCAUGUGAGGUCAUGCACCAUUGCAAGAUGAAGACUGCCCUGUGGUUGGUUUCUAUUAUUACAAGUUUUGUUGCUGUA